GAAAGGAAACCAUGGCUAUGAAUUUCAGGGCAUCGAGACCCUGUCAACACAGCUAAUCCCUACGGAUGUUGGCUGAAUAAGCCUUCGGUGACCAAACAGUGCACUGUGGAAACCGUGUCAGCCUCCGGCAGGUCAAUUUGUCCUCAUAUUACACACUCUGCUGGCUCUGUUGCUAGAACCCCAGAUCGAGGAUCCACGGCGAGCAUCUCCCAACUUGACAUGGGUUGACACAGCAUGGUUAAUAAGUCAACAGAAUUCAGAAAACAGGACCGGAUUAAGAAGGCAGUUUUAUUUUGGUGCCCUGGACUUCAAGCAGAUUAAAUAAUCAAAAAGCCGGAGCCAUCGGGGUCAUGUUUGAAUGCUACAGCUGUUCACUGAGGUUUGACAAACAUUCUUUCUGUGGCUCCUCGUCUCAAUGGGAAAGGCAGCGAUGAUCCUGGGAAGGGCAACACUCUAAGAAAGAAGGAGGGAGCACAAUCAAAAGAUCCUCUUAUGGAAAACAAUCCAGAUGGAGACAGGGAAAGGGCUGCUUAAAUAAGUGGUCUCCUGAAAGCGACAACUGUUCCCUGUGCUGAAGAAAAGCACCGGCAGGAUUCAGGAAAAAAGUGAAUGAAACCUGGACUUGGAGUCUGCCGUGCCCUCGAUGUGUUGACUGCAGAUUAAUAAAGGUGGGCUUCAGGUUCCGCGGGCAAGCCGGUGGAGACUCAGUCAUGGAAGGUGAACUGUUCCUGCUUUCCAGUAUGAUUUUCCUGCUCCCGGUGGUGUGUGGCUGCCCAGAGAGAUGCCGCUGUCACUCACCUUCGAAUUCUGUAGACUGCAGCCGGCAGGGUCUGGCUGAAAUCCCUUCGGAUCUGCCUCCUCAGACUCUAACGCUGCACUUACAAGAUAACCAGAUCCACCAGCUUCCGACUUCUGCAUUUAAAUCAGUGCCACAGCUCACAACCUUGAACUUGUACAACAAUUCUCUUUCAAAUCUGACCCCCGGAGUUUUCCAUGGACUUCAGCACUUGAGGGUCUUAAACCUAACUCAGAACUCCCUGCAUUCCCUGGAAAGCAGACUAUUCCAUUCUCUCCCACAGCUGAGGGAGCUCGAUUUGUCAUCAAACAAUAUAAGUCACCUUCCUGCAUCCCUAGGUGAGCCUUGGGAGAACCUGACCGUUCUUGCGAUCCAGCAAAACCAGCUUCGGCAGCUUGAUCGAGCCCUCCUAGAAUCCAUGCCCAGAAUGAAGCAUUUAUUUCUCAAAGACAACCUCUGGAAAUGCAACUGUCACUUGCUCAGUCUUAAACUCUGGCUGGAAACAUUUGUCUAUAAAGGGGGAAUAACCGACAGCGUCAUCUGUGUGUCACCAGACACUUGGAAGGGAAAGGACCUCCUUGAAAUCCCUCACGAGCUGUACCACCCCUGCCCUUUUCCUUCUCUACACCUGCAGUCCUCACAGGUGCCGCAGCUAGGUGCUGCCCACCGGGCUGUCCCCAGGCUCUCCGACAGCCACAGCAGAGGGGAGCGAGACCACCGGGAGUGUGAGGUCAAACCCAAGCCAAGGCCGGCCAAUCUGCGCCACGCCGUGGCCACCAUCGUCAUAACAGGGGUGGUGUGUGGGAUUGUGUGUCUCAUGAUGCUGGCAGCCGCCAUCUACGGCUGCACCUAUGCAGCUAUCACAGCCCAGUACCAUGGGGGACGCUUGGCUCAAACCAAUGAGCCCACGAAGACAGAAGGAAAAGAGCUGUUUGACAGCUCACUGGCCUGAGAACUUUCAUCUCAAAUAGGAAUAAUCAUUUUCAACCAGAAAACAGUUUCUGAGUAGGGUUGAUGGGUCACUG